AUGUCUCAAUAUGGGGACACCAACCCUCAUUUCUGGUCAAGGUCGCAACCAGAUUUUGCAGCGCCGCAACAUAUUCAGCCCGAACCAAGGCAGCCAUGGGAUGGUCAUCCUGAUCAAGUUCAACAGCCUGAUAUGAUACAACUAAGGCCUCGACAACGGCAGCCAGCACCCCCUCCAGUACGCCAUCCUAGAAGCCCACCUGAACAUGCCCAUCAACAUCCCCCGAGUCCACCAAGGCAUCAUCGACCUGUACCAGUAACACAUUUCCACCCUGUUGAGGGUCCAGCUCAGACCCAUACCCCAUUACAAGCACGACCAAAACCCAAGCCCCAAUCACAUCAGCCUCGAGCCCAGCAUCCGAGCUUCGGGCAAGGUGCUCCUCCACCGUCCAGAGAGGACUUGAUGUACCCAGCACCAAACAGAACCAAGCCAAUAACAUGGUUUGGAGCAGUAUUCUGUGUGAUCCUAUGGCUAGUCAUAAUACUGGGAGGGCUCCUAGUGCUGAUAAUAUACCUCGUGUACCGCCCACGAACCCCACAUUUUGAGAUAGCAAGUGCAUCCCUCAAUGCCGCCUACCUCGACUUGGGCUAUCUCCUCAACUCCGACCUCACGGUACUUGCCAACUUCACAAAUCCCAAUGAGAAGGUGAAUGUUGACUUUAGCUAUGUGGUCUUACAGCUCUACUUUGACAAGCACCUCAUUGCUAAUCAAUACAUUGAGCCUUUCUCAGCUUUCAAUACAGAAUCCAAGCUUGCCAACGUGGAGUUCGUAAGCAGCCAAGUCAGGCUUCCUAUAAGAGUAAUUCAGCAACUAAUUACACAGGUACAGAGAAAUAGGGUUAUAUUUGAAGUUGAUGGAAUUUUUCAUGCAAGAUCAAAUUUUGGAAGCCUUUUGAGGUACUCUUAUUGGUUAUAUGGCCACUGUCAAAUUGAACUUACAGGACCUCCUAGUGGAGUUAUGCUAACCAGCCAUUGUAGAACAAAGGAUUGA